AUGGCAGAUGUCGUUCUCAGCAACGCCGUUGUGUCCGUCCAAGAGGACUGGCUUUGCGACAACUCAGAGUUCUUCAGAGUGUGCCUCCGUGGAGGUUGGAAGGAAACCAUCACAAAGGCUGUCCACCUUGAACAUGUUGACGCCCAGACCUUCCUACUCCUUGUAGAGGCUAUGGAGGUUGUGCUGAACUCGCCCGAUAUCAAGAUUCGCCACCACUUCGAGAAAGCGUCCGAUCGUGUUAUCUCCUUCCUCCCAGACUCCCAGCCGAUCACAGCAUUCUCCCGACUUGUGCGCCUUGCAGACUUCCUGCUGAUGACAAACCUCUACUUCUUCCUGCGACGCGUAUAG